AUGCCAGGAGAAGCGAUCGGUCGACCUAAUCCUCAACCUCCACCGUCAAAUGUUCCCGACUAUGUGUCAGAUUUGCUGGUCAAACUCGACAAGCCAACAUUGGCCGAUGACACACGUGAGGUUAUGCUCAAAUAUCGACGCGCGGCCAAUUACAUUGCCGCUGCCAUGAUCUUUCUACAGGACAAUGUCCUUCUAGAAAGAGAUCUCCGAUUCGAGGAUAUCAAGCCUAGGUUGCUUGGUCACUGGGGAACUUGUCCGGGUCUGACCUUGGUCUAUUCACACCUAAAUCUUCUCGUCCAGAAACAUGACCUGGACAUGCUUUAUGUCGUUGGUCCGGGCCAUGGCGCACCCGCUAUCCUCGCCAAUCUCUGGGUGGAAGGCGCCCUGGCCAGGUUCUACCCUCACUGCUCUCAAGACGCCCAAGGUCUCCACCAUCUUAUCUCUCGAUUCAGCACGACGGGCGGGUUCCCCAGUCACAUCAAUGCUGAAACUCCUGGAGCAAUCCACGAAGGGGGCGAGCUGGGGUAUGCACUGAGCGUUUCCUUCGGCGCAGUCAUGGAUCAUCCGGAUUUGAUCGUGACUUGUAUCGUGGGCGACGGUGAGUGCGAGACCGGCCCGACCGCGACCGCGUGGCAUGGUUACAAGUACAUCGACCCAGCAGAGUCGGGUGCCGUAUUACCUAUCGUACAUGCGAAUGGUUUCAAGAUCAGCGAGAGAACCAUUUAUGGAUGCAUGGACGACAAAGAAAUGGCGGUGCUGUUCACCGGUUACGGAUAUCAGCCCAGGGUGGUGGACGACCUGGACCACAUUGAUGCGGACCUGUCUAAUUCGAUGGAAUGGGCUCUGACUGAAAUCCAAAAGAUUCAGGCCGCGGCCCGGAGUGGAAAGCCCAUGAUGAAGCCUCGGUGGCCGGUGUUGAUUCUGCGAACUCCCAAAGGAUGGUCAGGGCCGAAGAACGUUCACGGUCAGAUUGUCGAGGGCUCAUACAAGGCACAUCAGGUUCCCUUGGCAGCGGCGAAGACCGACCCGGAGGAGCUGAAAAUGCUUCAGGAAUGGCUGGAGUCGUACAAACCGCGAGAACUCUUCCAAGAAAAUGGUGAUGUCAUUGAUGAGAUCAAAUCUAUCAUUCCCCCGGACCCGAAACGGCGUCUGGGCCAGAAAAAGGAAGCCUUCGACGCAUAUCAAGGUCUCCACCCCAUCGACUGGCGUAUGUUUGCCGUCCCCAAAGGAAGCUUGGACAGCUCGAUGAAGAGAGUGGGCAAGUUACUGGAGCAAGUGGUCCAGGACAAUCCUAAAACAUUCCGAAUCUUCUCUCCCGACGAAUUUGAAUCGAACAAUUUGAACGCGGUGCUCGAUUCCACCCAUCGCAACUUUCAGUGGGACCAAUUCUCCCCCGCGCGAGGUGGCCGUCUCAUUGAAACUCUUUCGGAGCACCAAUGUCAGGGGUGGCUGCAAGGAUAUACACUCACAGGGCGAGUGGGUCUGUUCCCCAGCUACGAGGCCUUCCUCGGCAUCAUCCACACGAUGAUGGUGCAGUUUGCCAAGUUCGGCAAGAUGGCACGGGAAUUGACCUGGCGCCAGGAUAUCGGGAGCAUCAACUAUCUCGAAACAUCCACGUGGACACGGCAGGAACACAAUGGCUUCUCCCAUCAGAAUCCGAGUUUCAUCGGAGCAGUUCUGAAUCUCAAGCCCGACGCUGCCCGGGUGUAUCUUCCUCCCGACGCCAACACUUUCCUUUCCACAAUGGCACACUGCCUGGAAUCCAAGAACUAUGUGAACCUCAUGGUCGGAUCCAAGCAACCAUCUGCUGUUUUUCUCUCGGCUGAUGAGGCGGAGAGCCAUUGCCGUGCCGGUGCCUCCGUUUGGAAAUUUGCAUCCACGGCAGGUGGACGGGACCCAGACGUCGUCCUCGUGGGCAUUGGUGCCGAGUUGACCUUCGAGGUGAUCGCUGCGGUAGGCUUGCUGAGGAAGAAGAUGCCUUACCUCCGUGUUCGGGUGGUCAAUGUGACUGACCUGAUGAUCCUCGGGGCAUUCUCUAGCCACCCGCAUGCGCUGACGGAUGAGGCGUUCGACGCCCUCUUCACCUCGGAUGUACCGAUUCACUUCAAUUACCAUGGAUAUGCGAACGAGCUAAAAGGUUUAUUGUUCGGCCGGCCGAAUAUGCAGAGAGUAAGUAUGGCCGGCUACAAGGAAGAGGGAUCCACCACCACCCCUUUCAACAUGAUGCUGGUGAAUGAGACCAGUCGAUAUCAUGUAGCCAUUCAGGCUAUCCAGGGUGCAGCCAAGAGGAACGAGACGGUGAGGCUGCAACUACACGAGGUAACUAGCGAACUCAUGGGUAUGAUUACGCGAACACAGAAAUCUAUUGUGGCAGAGAAAACGGGUCAGUCUCGAUGA